UGUGUGCGUUGACGACUAAAUAACUAUGGAGAACACGAGAAGGAGACAGGACGAAGUCGAGCCUUGAAGUCAGACAAGUGGGGAAAGUGACGCCAAGGAAGUCCUUACGAGCAGGAGGAAACCAGGAAGGAAGAAGCCUUGUUAGGAGACAAAGGGAAUGAUUCAAGGCCAAUGCGGAGGAGAGCGUGUUGAUUGGCAGACGUGGCGGCCAAUCGUUAUCCGCCACUUGACCAAUGAGCGUGGAGGAGGCGGGGCCUGUGGGAGUGAGUCCCUCAGUGAGGACGAAGGUGCAAACAUGUCGUACGUGACAGGAGACAACCGGCCAGCAAAACGUGUCGCCAUGGACAACACAACCACCACAGACAGCACAGCGACACGCAGCCUGAAUCUGACGGAGACGGACGCCUUCACAAGCGAGGCGCUUCUGGACCCCCGCCAGGAGUACAAGAUGGAUUACCAACGUCGAGGCCUGGCGCUCAUCUUCAACCAGGAGCGCUUCUUCUGGCGUCUGGGCUUGAACGACCGCCACGGAACCGACAUGGACCGCUACAAAUUAGAGAUCAGGCUGAAGGCGCUAAACUUUGAGGUGAAGGUUUACGAAAACUACAAAAAUGAGGAAGUCUUGGAGAAAAUCCAUGAAGCUGCCGAGGCCGACCACUCGGACGCGGACUGCUUUGUGCUCAUCUUCCUGAGCCACGGCGAGGACGAGCACGUGUACACGUACGACGGCAAGAUCAGCAUCCAGCACAUCACCACGCUCUUCAAAGGAGACAAGUGCAGAAGUCUAGUCGGGAAACCCAAGAUCUUCGUGUUGCAGGCGUGCCGUGGAGACAAGCACGAUGAACCCUGUGACGAGGUGGACAUCGAGGUCAAGACGAACAAGGUGAUGGUGGACGCCAGUGCCGUCCACACUCUCCCGGCUGGAGCCGACUUCAUUAUGUGCUACUCUGUGGCGGAAGGCUACUACUCCCACCGGGAAACCGUCAACGGCUCGUGGUACAUCCAGGACCUCUGCGAGAUCUUUAAGAGGUUCGGCGAGUCCCUGGAAUUCACGGAACUCCUGACGCUGGUCAACCGCAAAGUGUCAAUGAGGAGUGUUUUGAACAGUAGGGACAGGGAGGCCAUCGGGAAGAAGCAGGUACCGUGCUUCGCCUCCAUGCUCACCAAGAAGCUCUACUUCCACCCCAAAAAGUAACCCGCCUCCACGUUUUUGUGGAAACUUGAACGGCAUACGGCUGACCAGUCCAUUAGUUGACAUGACAAUGAUGUUGGAAUAAUUAUGGGUAAUUCAAAGGGAAAAAAACGGUUUCCAAUGUGACGUAACGUCGGGUCCAGUAUUUGCGCUCCAGUCCAGUCAAUUAUUGCACACCACAAUAUAGUAGUCAAUAGUAUGGUGACCUCACCUCUUGAGCAACUCCGCCCAAUAGUCACCAUGCGACCCGUUGUUUUAAUAUAAAACUGCUUAUGAAUGGGUCGUGUCAGACAUACUGUAAAGCAGACC